CGCGGAUACUCAAUGGCUACGCUCGCGGCGGAUGGUUCUUCACGGUUCUCCCCGGCGGAACGGCCAGCAAUUUUAGCGGCGCUCGAGGAGUUCACGAACGCGCUGGCCAUUUACCACAGCACACUGAGGAAGCCCACGGAGAACGAUAACGAUAUUCUCGUCGACUGCUUGCCCCUCGAUACGGAAAAUUUGAAAGUACUAAAUCCCGAGGAGAUUAUAAGGAUCCAAGAUGCGAAAGAGCAAGCCAUUUCCAAGAAAAUUUAUGAAAACAGUUUGUACAUGAGAAAGAUCAUGGAGAAGCUGAAGGAAGAGAUCCGUGAUCACGGAACGUUCGAGGUACUGACGAAAGAGAUCGAAGAAAUCACGACACGCCAGAAAGAGGAGGAGGCCCUGCUCGAGGAGCAAGAGAGACUACGAAACGCCGCGGCGGAACUGCAGAAAACAAUCGCUGAGAAGAAGCUGGCCAAUGAACAGGAGAAGAGACGAAUACUGAAUGAGCUCACGGAAGAACAGCGUAACGUGGAGAAACUGAAAUUAAUCGCUGACACGGAGCUGGAGUAUGUUACGGAAUGGGAAAAAGCGAGAUACGAGCAGAAUUCGUUGCGUUCGGACAUGGAAGUAGAAGAAUUGGAGAAGAUAUUGGACAAGUGGCGUAUACGUGAAAAAAAUGAACAGCGUGUCCACGCCGAGCUGACGAGAUUUCUGACUCAGGAAACAGCGUCGUUAGAGGAAAAGACCAAGGAAUGGGAGGAACGUUACGCACGAGAAACAAAGACGUACGAAAAGGAGAUCCGGCAGCUACGUAUCGAGAUAGAAACACGUCGAAAGGAGUUGGACGAACUUAAAGAAGAGUACCGUUCUAAUCAGGAAUUCAUAGAUACGUACCUCGCUAAGAAGGAAGCACUGCAAAAGGAAAAAGAACGUCAGGAACUUAUGCAAAAAAGCGCAAUCAAGAUUCAAGCUUGGUGGCGAGGUGUUAUGGUACGGCGGAAGUUAGGGCCGUAUCGACCAACGGAGAAGAAGAAGAAGCGACAAGCUAAGACAAAGAAAUAACUCUCUUUCUAUUUACCUCGCUUCUUAAUGCUACUCUGGGCAAAUACAUAUACCUUCGC